AUGAACGACAUCACUUUCGAAUCCCACAAUGUCUAUCAGCAUCCCGAGCCUCAAUUCGUACACUUUUCCAGUCGCCGUUCCGUCGUACAUAGUACCAAAGGCAUCGUCUCUUGUACGCAGCCACUCGCAUCCGCUGCCGGAAUUGAGAUUCUAAGGAAGGGUGGAAAUGCGGCAGAUGCAGCAGUAGCUGUCGCGGCAGCGAUCAAUGUCACAGAACCUGGCUCAACGGGUAUUGGCGGUGACAUGUUUUGUCUGUACUACGAUGCGAAAACGAAGAAGGUAUCUGCCAUGAACGGCUCUGGGCGGACUGGUGCAAACGUUACGCUCGAAAAGGUUAGGAAAGACCUCAAUAUCGCAGAAGGAGAGAGCGGCCAGAUCCCUAUGGAUCACGUACAUGCGGCCACAGUCCCUGGCGCAGCAGCGGGGUGGGUCGAUUGUGUUGAGCGGUUUGGUAGCGGCAAGGUCAGCAUGGAGGAUGUGCUUGCGCCUGCCAUUGAUCUCGCAGAAAAUGGUUUCCCGGUUUCUGAACUAUCAGCUACUUUCUGGGCGGCUAGUGAGCAAGCCCUGUUGAAAGCAUCUCCUAAUGGCCGGGAAAUGCUCAAGGAUGGCAGAGCGCCCAAAGCUGGAGAGAUUAUGAAGAACCCAACGAUUGGUAACACUUUCAAGCUCUUGGCCAAGCACGGAAAGAAGGGCUUUUACGAAGGAGAAGUAGCCGAGCAGCUUGUAAAGGUGGUGAAAGACCUCGGCGGCUAUCUCACAUUAGAUGAUCUUAAACAUCACGCAGAAACGGGAUCUGAGCCGGUCGACCCAAUUUCACUGAAGUUUCAUGGCCAAGGUGUUGGAAAUAGGCCCGAGGGUGGCAUUGAACUGUGGGAGCACCCGCCGAACGGCCAAGGGAUUGUCGCUUUGAUGGCCCUCGGCAUCAUUCAGGAGCUUGAGAGACAAAAGAAGAUCCCAAAGUGGAGUCUAAAGGACCACAACAGCACCGGAUAUCUCCACACGGUCAUCGAAGCAUUGCGAAUUGCCUUCUGUGAUGCGCAUUGGUUCGUCACUGACCCCAAUGUCGUCAAGGUACCGUCUGCCGAGCUUAUCUCGCAGUCAUAUCUCGCAGAGCGUGCAAAGCUCUUUGACCAAAAGAAGGCCAUCUCAGCGCCUGUCCACGGUUCUCCGGCACACCUACAAAGCGACACUGUCUACUUUUGCUGCUCCGACCCUGAAGGCAAUGCUAUUUCCUUCAUCAACAGCAACUACGGCGGGUUUGGGACUGGUAUCAUUCCCAAGGGCUGCGGCUUUACCCUCCAGAACCGUGGCGCAAACUUCAGUCUCGACAAAAACCACCCAAAUCUACUAGCGCCGAGGAAGCGGCCAUACCACACCAUCAUUCCCGGCCUGACAACAUACACCAGCGAUGACAGCCUGCACUCCGUGUAUGGCGUCAUGGGCGGCUUUAUGCAACCCCAAGGUCAUGUUCAGGUCCUUCUCAAUCAAGAGGUCUUCAAGCUUAACCCACAAGCUGCGCUCGAUUCGCCGCGCUUCUGUAUCGGAGCGGGCAUGCCUAGCGCCGACGGCAAGAUGACUGAUGCGACGAUUUACUUGGAAGAGGGUAUUGAUCCGAAGGUAGUAGAGGAGUUGCGAGCACUCGGUCACAACGUAAAGCAACUAGAUGGCUACGGACGGGGCAUGUUCGGGCGGGGCCAGAUCAUCAGGCGACAUGUUGACGAUGGCGUGCAGGUCUGGAGUGGAGGUAGUGAUCUACGAGGUGAUGGUGCGGCGGUGCCAUUGUAG